AUGGCUCCUACAUCACAUCGUCCCCGCAAGAAGAGAAGAGACGACCAAGUCUCGGGUCCUCGCAGUAAUGCUCUGAUCGUUACCGAUGCAGAGACGAAACAACAAAAGCCAGCUUUCCCUCUGGUGGCUUUCUUACUGCCUGCCAAGGGGACAGUGUCACAAUGGAUUGUGAUGCCGCUCAUCCUUAUGGCUGUGGGACUCUUCAGAUGGGCUACUGGCUUCUGGGGCUAUUCUGGUCUCCAAAAACCACCGAUGCAUGGUGACUUCGAGGCACAGCGACAUUGGAUGGAACUGACUAUCAAUUUACCUGUCUCUCAUUGGUAUUUUCACGAUUUACAGUGGUGGGGACUGGACUAUCCGCCCUUGACAGCUUAUCACAGUUGGGCACUUGGUAAAGUGGGCAACUUUAUCAACCCAGCAUGGUUUGCUCUAAAAAGUUCUCGUGGUCUCGAUGACCACGAUCUAAAGAUCUUCAUGCGCGCCACAGUAAUCGUUUCCGAAUACCUCAUCUUGGUGCCGGCAGCUGUUAUCUUCAUCCGUCAUAUGAGCAAGCUGUGUGGAAUUACUACGUGGGAGUCUUCUGUUGCCCUCACAGCUGCUCUCAUGCAACCGGCUACAAUGCUCAUCGACCAUGGACACUUUCAAUACAACACCGUCAUGCUUGGUUUGAUGCUUGCAUCCAUGUCAAGUAUGCUUGCAGGCCGCCAUCUUUGGAGCUGUGUGUACUUUGUUGCCGCGCUUGGCUUCAAGCAGAUGGCACUGUUCUACGCACCGGCUGUAUUUGCUUACCUGCUUGGAAUUUGCGUCUUUCCUCGGAUCAACAUUGGUAGACUGUUGAGUAUAGCUGUGGUCACGACCGUCUCUUUUGUGGCUCUUUUCUUGCCCUUUCUACUUGGCGUUGCACAUGAUUCGUGGAAAGGAGUAUUUCUACCUUUUGAAGCAUCAACUCCUCCCCUGCUUCAGAGUCUUCCCGUCCAGCUUUCAACCAAGGCCUGGUACUACCCGCUUGUGUUCCAGCUUGCGCAGUCUAUCCACCGCAUCUUCCCAUUUGCACGUGGACUCUUCGAGGAUAAGGUGGCGAAUAUUUGGUGCGCCGUGCACGCAUCUGGAGUUCACAAACUUCACCAAUACGACUCAAGUCUACUUUCUCGAGCAGCACUGGGACUCACCAGUCUUUCAAUCCUGCCACCAUGCAUGGUUAUCUUUUUCAAGCCGAGAAAAGAGCUUGUACCAUGGGCGCUAGCAACAACGGCAUGGGGCUUCUUCCUCUGCAGCUAUCAAGUGCACGAGAAGAAUGUUUUGCUGCCGUUGCUGCCAAUGACUAUGCUUGUCGCUGGACAUGGCGGACUAAGACCCGAUCUUCGCGCUUGGAUCGGAUUUGCCAACACCCUGGCCUGCUGGACCAUGUUCCCUCUGCUGAAGAGAGACGAACUCAGAAUGCCUUAUUUCGUCUUGACUUUCCUCUGGACGUACCUCAUGGGUCUCCCGCCAACUUCGCUUUCAGCUUACUUCGGCGAGCAAGGCAUUUGGCUGUCGCUGCCCGUCAAAGCAAUGCAUAUCUUGUUCUAUGCAGCAAUGAUUGGCUGGCAUUUCGCCGAGGCGUUUGUGCAGGCACCCGCCAACAUGCCCGAUCUGUGGGUAGUAGGCAAUGUAUGUGUUGGUGCAGUGGGUUUCGGCCUAUGCUAUCUUUGGUGUUUGUGGCAUCUCGUGGCUGAGAGUGGAAUCUUGCAAUUCGGCAAGCAAGCAGACGACAAGCAAAAAACGCUGUGA